AUGAGAGCGCGAUCUUUGCCGAUUCCGGUACAGUAUUGUGUGGAUGCUUCUAUGAGAGAUAAUACUGUGUCAGCAUUCAAUGUCUCGAUUUCGGCUACAGCUCCAGGAGGGCGGCUGUGCACAAGAAUUCGACCAGAAUUUCACAAGAAUCGAGAUGUGGAGGAGAACCGGAGGUCGCUAGUCGGUGUGCUAUCAUCUUGCUCCGGUCAUUCAAGCGAAGAAAGAGGUUCGGUUGUGGACGGCAAAAUGGACGACACCGGUUUUGAAACGUUAUCUGUGGAAACAGCAUCAGAGUUCGAGUAUGGGCCAGGGUUUGUGGAAAGGCUCAAAGCUAAGUUUCAUCGAUUGUCUGGGAUUGGGAGUAAUGACGCUGAGGUUUCUACUUACGCAACUGGCAAACGAAGCGCAUCAGUCGACAAUAUCCUCUCAACAGAGAUUGAAGACCCGCUUUUAUGUCGUAUGCUUCAUGGAAGCCCGUCAAAGUCUCAAGCAUCUCUUUCGACAAUGCAGUCUCAGUCCACAAAUGAUGUAUUAGAUGCAGUAGAAACACAACGCGUCUUCGUCGUACAUCGAACAAUGAACAUUCAACCUGAAGAACACCCUAACUCGACAUCAAUUAACGAGCUUCGUCGCAAGUUUGAAAAUAAUGUACAACGACGGCCACUGCGUAACUCGAAUCGUGCUAAGAUGCGGAACCAUGCCUCCGUCGCAGGAAUCUCAGACAGAAACAACGAUGACGAACUGGAGUUUAUCAGAAUUGGUCGACUUCUCCGUAGAAAACCAGUCCAGCUUGAGGAAAUAAACCAUACUCACCACAAGUACCCAAAGGAAAAUGAGCAUAUCGAUUCGAAAUUUGUUUCAAUCCACGGAACCACCGAUUCUUUAAAAAGUCGAUCAACUGUUCUUCAAAAAGUUCCGUUUAUUCAUCGUAUAUCUGAAGUCCCUGACCUGUCCUCUAAUGCCAGUAUUGUUGCCGAUAAUUGUUAUGCUUCUCAAACCAUUGACGAAUGUCCGCAUAGUGAUUCGCUGGACCUAAUAACACCACCUGAUCCUGAAUCGUCGAGGCAAAGGACCGGCUCAGUCCCAGCGGUCUCUGUGUGUACACUUGAUCUCUCUCUGCCAAACGACAAAAGCCCACCUCCGGAAGAGCCGAGACCUCCUCAGGAUUUCGUCAUUUAUGGAGGUAACGAUUACACUCCUAAGCCACACGUUCAGGAUUUUCGAGUAUCGGCUUUCCCUUAUUUCGUUCCACCUCAAGUUACCUCCCAUAAUAACGAUAACACCGGAGUGAAGGAAAUCCAAGGCCUUCUGAAUAAAUUCCAAAGGUCGAGGAAUGAGCGUCACCUACAACGCAUGAAGGAUUCUGCAGCUGCUGAGUUUGCUUUGGUUUCCGGAAAAGAACCGGCCAAAUACAAUCAGAAGCGUCUUGUUAUGCAUGUACGUGAUGACAUUCCAUCAAUUGGUCAAUCAAAUGGAGAGGGUUCUGUUAUUGUGCACAGACCUUCCAAUUUAAGUCGAUUGAAUGUUGUGAACACUUUUGAUGGAAUUGACGCAUCUAUGCAAGCGAGAAAGAAAUGCAACAAUAAUAUGACAGUGGUACCCAAUGUGCCAGCUGCAGUGAAAAGACCGGUGUCGACGCUUCCGAUAAUGUCGAUACCACCAACUCAAUAUGAUUUUCCCGAAAAGAGCCUUUCUGCAAAAUACAACGAAGAGAAAUCCAAGAUUGUGAACAUCGGAAGUUCAGAGAAGCAUUGCAACACCAAACUGAUAUGUUCCGAAACCGAACAGAAGAAUGCUGUCGUACCAUCGCCAGAUUUAGAAAACUUCCCUAAACUUGUCAACAAGCCCUUGUUUCUUCCAAAGUUGAAGAACACAAAUACUUCCUUCGCUGAUGGUGAGGUUGAACAUUUGAUCAGCAGUGAUCAAACAGAGGCUGUGGACUUCGCUUCUGUUUUAAUUGCUGGUGACGGCAACCCUGUGCGUCACACCUUAUUAAGCCUAGUAAUGGAAGAAGACGUUCCGGCUCUGAUGGAGGCUAUGAACGAAAAUUUCACAUGCGAGUUCGAAGAUCUGAAUCAGUCUGCUCCAUCUAAAUCUUCGAUUCUGUAUCCUCCUGAAACCAGAAAAGAGCGCAGGAAAGCUAGACAGGUUUCAUCUAUACGCUUUGAGGAGACAAAUCCAAAGGUCUACACUUAUUUGGAUGAGUUAUCUGCAAUAAAUAAGAACAAAUGGGUCGAGGGGGUGCAUGUUGAUUAUGAGACAUACCAAAAUAUUAUCGCUGCGGAUGUAGAAGAAUAUAAAAAGAACAUAGCUGAUUUGCAGAAAUGGAAGGAAAGUAUCAAUGCUCAAGCAGCUGAAGUUGGCUUGACUCACGAGGGAGGAGAAGUCUGCAUUGACGUCACCUCCAAUUUCCAUCAUACGAAUGCAUGUGACAAUAACGCAAUGUGCGCGUAA